AAAUUUAAAGAUGUUUUUAAGAAAAUCAAAACAGAUAAAUAUGAAGAAGGGUUUGAGUUGAAGAAAUAAAAAGGAUUUUGGAAGGAUUCCGCUUUCUAUGAGUGACGGUUGAUAGCAAGCAUUGUUGAAAUUUGGGUUUUUGUCGGUUACUCCAUGUUGUAAUGGAUCCAACGGUGGAAGAUAGUGGAACAAGAUCUAACUGUCAACAUUUUUAGAUUGCUUUGCAAACGCAUUUAAAUGGAUCUAAUUGCUGACGUCACCUUUAAAGAACUCAGCUAAAGCCCCUUCUACUUCCGUAUAAAAUCUGGUAAUGGACAAGCCCACGUGGACAUGUUAGAUGCCAUGACCUUUGUUCUUCUUCCUCAUUACUUGUCAAAACUUCCUUACCCACCACUCUCUACUUACCGUUUGGCUGUGAAGAAAAUCUCAGAAUUUUCCAUGGAGAAAGUGAAUUACCCAGAAGGCAAAAGGGAUUUCAUGAAAGAAGCAGAGUGUAUGGGCAAAGAAGCAUGUGAAUCUAAUCCAACGGAAAUGAAGCGUCUUGCGGAUGAUAUAAUGCCUCACCUUCUUAACUUAUAUGGAUCUUGUGCCACAUCAGGCGACUUUGAAAUAUAUCAUGUGGAUGCUUCUUUUGAAGACCCUCUAAUGUGUGCCCAUGGAGUGAAGCAGAUCAAAUCAGCAUUUUAUUCACUUUCUAAGGUUUUUAGUGAAUCAAGAAUUGUUGAAUAUAGUGUCACAGAAAAAGUAAUUUCAUCUGGAAAGCAAGAGAUAUUAAUUGACAACAAGCAACAAUACAAGUUCUUGGGAAGAAACAUAGAUAUGAUAUCACUGAUCAGGCUGUCUGUUGAGGAUGGAAAAGUUGUUCGUCACGAAGAUUGGUGGGACAAGAAGCCUCUUCGAAAUAGAGAAACAGUUAAGCUUCCAUUCGUUGGCCGAAUGAUGGAGCUGACUCGCAGGGGUUCAAUGCUAGCAACUCAUGCUUUGAUGGGGUUUGGGAAGGAUCCAACCGGAUAAUAUCACUUGCAAGAAUAGGAAGAAAUGUGUUGAACGCUGUAAGUCAAGAACAUCCAUGUACGUCUCUGCAUCAUAUUCUUAGUUACGUACAGAUGGAACUUCAUAUUGUUAAAACUUGUCUAUUUGGAGCAUGUGCUAGUCCAAGAUUUUUAAUGAUAUAAGCAUUUUCUCUGUAUUUUGAAGUUCGCUUGUACUUUGCAGAUGGGGAACAUAUACUAAUAAUGCUUCCUACAGAACUUUCUUUAGAUUUCAUGCUGAAUUUUCGAAUGAUCAAAAUAAGAAAUGUGAGUUUAUUCAGUGUUCCUAGUGAUGAAGAAAACCAGAAGCAUUAGGACUGUCAUUAGAGGACUUCCUAUCUACUCUUAUUGGAGUUGAUUUAUUUGUGUCAAUAAUGUUGUAAUUCUUGCGUGUCUUAAGCAUUGGAAAUUGAUCCAGGCACAAGCAGUGAAAUUCUUACCAAGCACUGAGAGGGUUUCUUAUUUCUUCCCAUCUUCUGAUUGAUGCUUAUACAAUGUUUUUAUUU